AUGCCAGCCUUUGGCAGCCCCAAACGACCAGUGGGUCGGGUGAAUCAGGAGAGCCCGCAGCCAUAUGCAGUAUUAUGUGCAGCAGAGUUCGUGACAUCUUCCCUGUCGUCUGCUCCUAGCUGUUGCAAGGCGGGGUUGGGAACUUUUGCCCUUUCAUUGAAAGAGUAUGGGCAGGGUAUUUUGGGUGAUGUGCAGGAUUUCCAAGCCCUUCUUUUCAUGGGAGAGGCCUUAAUGCAUGAGAAGGAGUUCAAGCGAUCUGAGAUGUACUUCCGCAAGGCCCUCCAAUCCAAGAAACACCUCACAAAAGCCAAAAACCUAAAAGGAGAUACAGAAGUGAAGCCAAAACAGUUGAUGUCAGAUUGUGAUAUCAAAUUCAAGAUACAUCAGUGUCUGGUGGAGCAGCAGAGCUACAAAGAUGCAGUUUCCAUCCUGGAAUCCAUUCUGGCAAGGCAUCGAAGCUUGAAGGUUAACAUGGCCCUUGGACGACUGUAUAAAAUGCUAGGAAAUGAACGAUCAGCCAUUACAGCAUACAGAGAAGUCUUGAAGGGUUCUCCACUUGCCUUGGAAGCUGCAUUUGGUUUAUUGAGUUUGGGUGUGAAAAUAUCUGAAGUUCAGUCCCUAGUCAUGGCUGGAGGAGCUGGAACCUCUCAUUCUGAAUGGUUAGGGGUGCACUCCCUGAUCAAGGGAUAUGGGCAGCUGAACAGCUCUGAGCCUGGGUUAGCUGCUCAGACAUUGGCAUCAUUAGAAGAUAAUGGACCUCUCAGGUGCUGCUCUAGUCUCAUUUCAACAGUUGGAGAAGCUCUGUAUCUCACUGGGGACUAUGGAGCUGCCCGAAGUGCACUUGAGAGGGCACAUGCACUGGACCCACAGAGCCACAAGGGUAUGGACAUGUUGGCCCAUCUUUACGCAUUGGAGAAGCGUGAGAAAGAGUGUGAACAACUGGCUCAGAAGCUCAUGGCAAUUAAUCCCAACACUGUUGAGGCCUGGAUUGCAACUUCUCAGUCUCUUGUCAUUGCCAAAAAUUACAAGCAGGCACUUGGUUUUGCACAGAAGGCCUUGAUGUUGAAUCCCUGCCAUCAGGAGACUCUCAUCCUGAAAGGGACAAUAUUAAUGGAGGUGAAGAAAUUCCAGGAUGCCAUUACUCACUUCCGUGAAGCUAUUCAGCCACCAUGUCCAAGAUUUGCUGCAUACAAUGGCCUGGUGAUGUGUUACAUUGAACUUCGACGAAUGCGAGAGGCAGCUGCAAUGGCCAGUUCUGCUUGCAAAGUCCUAGGACACUCUACCCGUGCCCUCACUUUGUAUGGAAUGGUGCUGCUGAAGGACCCAAUGGCAGGCAAUGCUGGGAAGCAGAAAGCCAAGUCCCUGUUGAUGAAGGCAUUGGACCAAGAUCCCUCUUAUCUCCCAGCUGCUCAACAUCUUGCUGAACUUCAUGAAUCUAACUCUGACUAUGAGGCAGCGAUAGAGGUCCUGAAGAAAGCAAGUGAACACCGGAGCAUGAGCUCUGUCCACCAGACCCUGGCUGAUCUCCUCAUUAAGAUCCACAAGGAGGAUGAGGCUGUUGAACAUUACACAAAAGCUCUCAGCCUUGAUCCAAUGAACAUGGGUGCAAUGGAAGGACUGCAGCGGAUGGAGCAAGGAAAUACAGACACAGGUGAUCCAUCUUAUGAGGAGUUGCCAGAAUCUGAAAUUGAGGCCGACCUUGAGGAUGUGGACCGGGACAUGGCUUGUUACUUUCAUUUUGCAAAAAUGUCAUCUGGGAAGCGCCCCGAACAUCAGGCGCCACCAGAGGUGUACUACAAUGAGGAUGAGGCAAUGAAGUACUCUACCAAGCAAGUCCUGCCUUUUUCUCACUUACUAGUUCUUAAGGGGAGAAUGCAAUGGAUUUUAUUGGUACUUUGCAGUACACGAAUGAUGGAAAUCCAGGUGCAGAUGUCAGAGCGUGCCAUCGAACUUCUGUCCCUACCUGAAGAUGAAACAUGUCUCAUCUUGGACCUUGGAUGUGGGUCAGGCCUCUCCGGUCAAUGCCUCGAUGACCAAGGUCACCUUUGGGUUGGCAUGGACAUAUCCCUCCCCAUGCUCCGAGUGUCACAGGAGAGGGAAGUGGAAGGGGAUCUAUUACUGGGAGACAUGGGGCAGGGAGUUCCCCUCAGGCCAGCCAUGUUUGAUGGUGCUGUCAGCAUCAGUGCACUUCAAUGGCUGUGUAAUGCUGACAAAACUUCUCAUUCCCCUCCAAAACGCCUCUUCAAAUUCUUCUCUUCUCUCUUUGCUUGCUUAAGUCGGGGGAGCCGAGCUGUGUUCCAGUUCUACCCAGAAAACAGUUCCCAGAUUGAGUUGGUCACACAGCAGGCAAUGAAGGCUGGGUUCACUGGUGGUCUUGUUGUUGAUUAUCCUAACAGUACAAAGGCCAAGAAGAUUUAUCUUGUUCUGAUGACUGGAGGUGGUCAGAAGUUACCCAAGGCACUUGGAGUGCCUGAUGCAGUUGAAGAACAGCAUGCUCGAUUUGUCCGUAAACGGGAGCGUGCAAAAGAGAUUCGUGGGAAGCCAGUCAAGAAGAGCCGAGACUGGAUCCUCGAGAAGAAAGAACGGAGAAGACGGCAAGGGAAAGAAGUCUGUGUCGACUCCAGCUAUACAGGACGCAAGCGAAGUGGCAGAUUUUGAUUUCUCACAUGUAUUUUCUAAUCGAGG